AGCUUUCAUUACAGAUUCCGUCAAUUAAGCUAAAAGCCUUGAUGAUAAAUCAUCAAUACCCGGAGAUAGUAAUACUUAACCGCAGGCUUCCAAAGGUCAUCCAUAAAAUAUCUAGCAACUGUACUGUCAUCACAAAUGUUUACACUCAAUCCCCAACAGAUAAUAAACAGUAUAAAAUGAAAUUUACUUGUUGGUAUAAGAACGGGGCGUCAGAGGAGUUGUGUACACACAGACAUGUGUACAAGUAACCGUACAGAAGCGUAAAUAUUUGGGCGUACCUGGGAGUACCUAAUCAAUGCCCUGAACCUGCUAAGGUAUCAUCCCCAGUGUCAAUUCGUAUAUGUUGAUGUACUUCUCCGCACAGUUUAACUAUUAAUCCUCCAAAUAAAUCAUUAAUCCCCCUGUUCUCGUCUUCUCUAAUUCCUUUGUAAAUUCCCGAUCCUCAAACGAGUUAAUGUCUUUCAUUAUCAGCAGAGUAAAAGAGCACCUAUAAUUUUGUAUUGACAGAGUAUUAAAUAUUUACAUUUAAAUCCACACAAGACUUUCUAAAGUUUGUAACCAUUACGUCAACUUCAUGACUUGUCAGUCAGUUUUAUUAUAGCAUCUCAGAAGUUUAGUUCUAAGCCCGGUAUCACUGUCGCUAUCACUUUAUAGAACAGCAUGGUUGAACAAGUGCCUGCGAAUUACGGAAACUUCAACCAAGAAGUUUAUUUACCACGUAGUUUCCUUUACUUCUGCGGGUUAUGGCCAGGCGCGACUUUCUUGCAUUUUUCCUCUAUUUUAAUCAUAAUUUUAAUCGUUCUUUUUCUGCCUUUUGCCGCAUUUUUGUUCUCCAGCGACUCCAUUGAAGACAUCAUCGAGUCUACUGGAUAUGUGCUAAGCGUGACCAACACAAUCAUCACCAUGUUCAUAGUCCGCUGGAAUUCCGCGUCAAUUACCGCAAUUACCAAUCACAUGAGCGACAAUUGGCUCUGUAUGACCUCUAUUUCCAACAAGGACAAACAAAUGCUUCAAAAAAAUGUAUUAAGCUCAAAAUUUGUCCUCCGCUCGGCAUUUGCCUUCGUGAUCUUCUGUGUCAUCACUUUCUCAACAAUGCCAUAUAUUUUUGCAGCGAUUUUAGGGCACGAAUUACCUCGCAAAGCCGCAAGAGUCGCCUGGUAUCCGUUUCCUUUGGAAAAUUUUUUUGUCAUCUUAUUAUCUUCUGUUCUUACAAUAGCGACAAUUUUUAUCGACUCACUUAUCGAUGUUGCGAUUGAUGCAUUUACUGUCAUGGCAGUUUUUCAUUGCGAAGGACAAUUGUCGUUACUCUGUACUACCAUUUAUAAAUACAGAGGAUUAAUCAGGCAUUCGGGUGAUGAUUUUACGGAAUUGAGAAGCUAUCGAAAAUCAUGUCCUUGUCUGAAAUGCAUCGUUGAUCAUCAUGUAGACAUUGGUCUUUUUGUUGAAGAAAUAAAUUGUUAUUCUAGUGCUGUUAUAUUUUCUAAAACCACUUUUACUAUUAUUAAAUUUUGUGCUAUGGGAUUUUUUGUCGUCGAGUCAGUGCAAGAGAAAAAUAUAUCGGGAAUAAUAAUUCAUUUAUUGUAUGUGUGCUGGAGCGGGUUCAGUCUAAUUAUUUAUUGCUCGCUGGGUGAAAAACUGAGUAAGAAAAGUGAGGAGGUCGAAAGAGCAGUAUGUGAAAUUGAUUGGAGCGUUAAAAAGAGCAAGCAAUCCCGGUCUUUGAUGCUGAUAAUAAUUCGCAGCAGAAAAGCAUUUGCUAUAACUGCAGGGAAAAUUUUUACGAUGAACUUACUCUUCUACAAGGAGUGCAUUUUAGCAUCUAUGUCAUAUCUCUCCGUCCUUAUCGCUAUCGGACUGGGUGAUGCAGCAGCUCUUUCAAAGGACUAAAAAAAAAGUAAUUUUUAUUAAAAAUCAAUAACUACUCUGGCA